AUGGUAGCCUUUUGGAUAAUAUUUCUAGUUCUACUAUCCUCUCUAAAUGUGGAGACGAAAUUCAAGAGUCUUCACUGUACCAACUACGAUGAAUCGCUGGGGACAAUAUUGCAAUGCCGAAUCAAGGCCAUCAACCGGUACAGGAACUCUAUAAGUAUUUGGUUCCGACAGAAACAGACCGUUAAUAAUAUUCAUAUGCGAGUGGAGUUUUUUAAAAGAGCCAAUGGCUGGCGACCUUUUCUCUACAAUAUUUCCUUUAAUCUUUGUGACUUUUUGUCAAAAAGGAAUAAUAUGAUUAUUGGACUGGCCUAUGAAUAUGUGAAGCCCUUUAUUCCGGUAGCCAAUUACACGUGUCCUUUUAAGAAAAAUCACCUCCUCAAGUGUACAGAUCUAGAAUUCGAUAUUGAAAAAUUCCGUAUUCGUUUCCCCAUCGAAACAGGAGAGUAUGCUGCCCAAAUGAGUUGGAUAGUCCGCAAGAAAGUGACUUUAACACUAAAUGGAUCAAUGGAAUAUCACAAUUACAGAGAACACUAA